AUGAAGUGUAACCAUCUUCUCUCCUGGGCCUUUGUGCUUGUGGCCUCAAGCCCACUGCUGGCCCACCCCAUUACAGAAUCUGCUGAGAUGCCGUAUCCAGGACCUGUAUCAGCGGAGGACCGAGGAAUCAGCAGUCUGGAUGACCUGCCUCUCUCUGAGCAGGACGGUACAGGCCCUAGAUAUUCCACUCUAAUAUCUGAUGAGAUCAACAGAGAUGGUGUCAGAACAACAGGUCUGCUUCCUAGGGGGCUCAAAAGAGAGGUCCUGUUGGAGAAACAAAGUCUCCUAAAUCCUUUCAGCCAUGCGCUGGGCAUCCGGAAACAGUUCAGGAAGAGAGGAGGGAAUUCAGAGUGUUUCUGGAAGUACUGUGUCUAA